AUGGGGCUCGGAAGCAACGUCAAUUUAAUCAUCCGAAUAUGGCUGGCUGUAAUUACCUUCCAGCACGGUCACAGCGAGAAUGUUGAGCCGAGGGCACUAGAAUUAUCAGUACCAUGGCGACCGAUACCGUACCAUGUGCCCCAGCAGCAGCUGCAGCAACCGCAGCAACAGCUGAUCAGCGUAGCCAGCUUCGAUACGACGAGCAAGGACGAACUGGUUCACAUCGCACAGCACAAUGCGCAGAUCCUGAAGCAGUUCAACCAACCGAUCACCCAGUACAACCAGCAUCCACCGAACGGCAUGAAGGUGCAGAUCACGACGCACCAGCAGGCACCGGGCCCGGGGCCAGUGGUUCACCAGCACAGCAGUAACGUGGUGCACAGCCAGGGACCGUCCUACGGGCACACGCCCGCCGUACCGAAGUACAUGACGACGUCACUUUUGCACCAGACGAUGUACCCUCAGGGUCCACCACACAAACAACAGCAACCGCUGCCGCCCUCGAAACCGUUCGUCAAGUCUGAUCAAAUUACGACCCUCAACAUGGUGCAUAGCUCGACGCCCAAGAUAACUGCCUCCAUUUCAUCCCACGGUGCGGUCGGUGUAAAGUCCGCCAAGUUCAACGGACAAUUUAGGGACAGUGUACCAGCGAUCGUUCAAAAGUCGACGCUCAAACCACAUCCGGUCAUGAACAAGCUGCAGUCGCACAUGGCCAUCACCGGGUUCCGGCAGAAACAACCAGUCGCCACCAGCUCGAACCGGCUGGAGCAUUUCAUUAACCCGAACCACCUGUACGGAACUUACAUCCAGUUUGGCCAAUCACCCGCUGCUUUGCAGCCCUCCAAGACGAAGUUUCUCACCCAGCUGGGCUCCUCCGGUGUGCCGACCUUCGACUCGCAAACCCUGAAGAGCUUCUUCAACGGCCCAGGAUACACUCCGAGUGUUACGCAGUUCAAAAAGCUUAACUACAUCCAACAGCAGCAGCAGCAGCAGCAGCAAUUGCCGCAAUCAAACGGCGGUGGUAAAUUCCCAUUCCCGCACUUCAACCAAAUCCCGGGCGAUUUGCCCGAUUUCCCGAAAAAGUACGUCACACCGUCGUCGGCAGAAAAGGAGCUGACGAAGGGUGCCGCUGGAAUCGACUCGACGCCACUGUUCCCGCACCUUCCACCGAGUGUGCUGACACCCUUUUUCCAGCAGGUCCAACAGCAGCAGCAAAGUACGUCCUACAUCGCUGGCAAUAAGUAUAACAACUUCAAUCUCAAGACGCAACACCCGGCACCGCCACUGUCUUCGCAAGGUUCGUCAGGAGCGCCAUCUUCUUCAUCGUCCUCUUCCUCGUCGUCGUCAUCGUCGAAGCAUUCUUUCUCGCCGGCCCAAUUCCAGCAGUCCCAUCAGUCCGACCGUGAAUCGUUGAGCAAUGCAUUUGGCGGCCAGAUCUUCAGUGGUGGUUCGUUCAAUACCUACAGUACCCAGCAACCGCUUCCGAUCGAGCAUAAACCGUACGAAAUCGUCAAGUUCAAGGAAGCACCAGGCAAGCAGCUGUCCGCCCAGUUCAACGAAAUUCACGACGAGUACAGCAAAAACCUCGUUCCACCGCCUCCGAGCACCCAGCAAGCAUUCCUUCCGACGGUUUUGAACCAUCUCGCCGAGAGUUCGCCGAGUAAGGAUCCAAUUGAGAUCCUCAACAAGUACAACAUCAAUCCGCACUCACCACUGCAGGAUGCGAAUCGCUUUAGCUACGAGUUCCCUCGUCCAACGCCGAUUUCGCUAUCGGUAUCCACCACCAGUGCCGGUGGUUCCGUCUCGACGACGGCCAGCACGACCACCACAACGACACAGUUUCCCACCGCCACGACUCUUCCAAGGCAACAGUACUACAGCCAGCAUCACUACAACCAGCAGCAGCAGCAGCACAGGCAACAGCAGCCGUUCCUAGGCGAGCACCAGUCGUUCCCAAACCAUCACCAACAGUCGCCACCGAUACUGGUCACCCCCCUGAACGAGCUAGGAGAUGGUGGGUGGAUUACGCGAGAGAAGUAUCUCACCACGGAGAAGCCGAACGUCUUUAAGAAUCUCUUCCGACCGGCCGAAAGUGAAUACAAAAAGCACAAGCUGAUGCACCCGGCGUACACUGGAUUGCCACCGAACCGCCGGCCCUCGGCUACGGCCACCACAACCCCAACGACAAACACCGCCGUCGGCUCGGGCUCCUUCUCCGUCUCGACCAACUCACCCUGGGACCAAUCCACGGAGGAACCGAUCGUUACGCACAGCUUCUUCACGAUCGAAGACGCGAUCGCCGAUCCAACGUUGAUUCCUCCGAAGUCGAAAAACAAGUACAAGUACACGACCGACGCGGAGGAGGAGAACCGCCAGGACGAUCUGCAGCUGGAGAUCGUCACGAUUGGGCCGUUCUUUGGCUCGGAAGAGUCACCAAUUCAGCCAGUGGUUACGACGAUCGCACCAACCCGGGGAAGUGGAUCGAAAAAUGGCGCUGGCCAGCAGAGGAGACGACGUCCGAAACCUCCGCAGAGUAGCACAACGACGGAGUAUACGACGGUGGUCGAGCAGGAGUCCACCGAAUCCACCACCAACACGAUCGACAAUCGUAAUCGCAACCGUAUCCGAUUCCGCCCGAAACCGAUCACCACCGUUCCACCGCCGGUCGAAACGGAACCGGCAGCUUCCGUCACUACAUUGCUACCGACCCCACCUCCAUUGCCAUCGUUCGUUUCGAGUGAGGAGUUGGAUGGGCCGGUGAAAAAGUUCCGCAAAAAGCCACACUUUACCCGGAACCGAUUUAACGUGCUUAGCCAGCGGGAAGAGGAUAGGCUCGCUCAGCCGGAACAGACGGAACCAUCGCUUUCCACACCGGCUGUAACGACAACGUCGACGACCACCACAACCACCUCGACGUCGUCCACGGUGGGUGCACUUGGUGAACAGCUAGCUUCGUCCGCUCCGGCCAUUGGUGGAGGUUUCCGUUCACGAUACCGACCAGCACCACAGCCGAAGCAACCGAAAGACUCCCAGGAAGACACUGCCGAUCCGGCACCGGCGGUGAAGGUAAACUCGCGCCUUCAGAACCGCCCGCCAACGAUUGCAUCCACGGUCACAACAUCAACCGAUGCUGCGGCCGUCUUCAAUUCCGACGAAUCGGGCGCAAACUUCUCCGAUGGACAGCAGCAACAGCAACAACCGCAGCAAAAUCGAACCCGUGGAGAUCGACCACGGUUCAGCAUCAAGGAGUACCGGAACAAGCUGAACCGUACGGUGGCCAGCACGGCCACUCCCAUCAGCACAGUGGGCUCGCCGGCUGGUGGUGAUCUCCUGGAGACGACCACGGCACCAAAGCUACGAUUCCCAACGAGAAAUCGCUUCCUGCUCAACGCACGCCUCAAUAAGACGAACGUGGAAGCGAAUGAAAUCGUUCCCACCGGUACCGGCGGAGCGACGACAGAAAAGUCCACUAACGAAACGACCACGCGAAGCUCCUUCCGGCCACAUGGCACGCGUACGUACAACAGGUUUACGGUGAAGAAACCAUCCACCGAAGUACCCUCAGUGACAUCGUCGGCGACCAACACACGCGGCGGGCAAACGUCGGGAGCAGCGGCAAACCGUGGCCGCACCAAAACGGCCUACGAUCAGGCGGUCGCCGCGAACCGCACGCUUGCCGGAUCGGCGUUCAACACGACCGCAUCGUUAAUCAACCGACGUCCGCCAAAGAUCACCCUAAGGCAACGCAUCCAGAACUACAAUCGAAAGAAAGAGAUGGAACAAUCGGUUUCAGCGACGGGUGCAGCGGCCACGUCCGAGGAUGCCGGAGGAGUGCUGAAGAUGGAUGAUGUGGCCGAUCCAUCGGUGGAUCAAAACAGCGUCCUAUCGUCGAUUUCCUCCUCCGCCGAGCAGAGCCGACCGAUUGAUGAUUUGGGAACGAUUGGUGAUGCGAGUGUCGGUGGCUUCGAGACUGGCUCAAACCGGUACGGUGGAGCAGUCGCGGAAGAGUCACCGGUGCGUGCUAGCACGACCGAAGGUUACCGGCACCACGAGACUGCUAUCAUGAAAAUAUCACCAAAGGACACUACGUCCGCCUCCUCUUCCGCUUCGUCCAACAAUGCCGAUUACGAUCUGAACAGUGCGUCAUCGGAUUACUCGAAGCGGGUGGUCGAGCUGACGCUGUCCGGCACAGGUAGCAAGGAUCGGGGUAGCUUCAAGUCCGUCAACAAAGGGCUCCUGUCGAGGAAGGUGCCGGGCUACUUUACACUCGCCACUGAAGAUCCCAUCCUGCCAAUCGAAGCGUUCUUCCCGCAGGUCAAGAAACCAAGCGGAGGAUUCGCGUAG